ACUUUUCACUUCAUGUGCAACUACUUGAAACUCUCCCUCUUUCUAGAUCUCUUUCUAUUUUCAUCUUUGAUAUUAAAUGGGUAGCGUGAUUCAUAACAACUGUAUACGUCCGGAACCAGAUGAAGAAGGAGAGUGGGGAAUCGAAAUCCUGGAGUCUAAGGCCAGUACUGUGAUGAAGAAAGGAGGGGGUGGAGCCUAUUUGACAUGGGAGAAUCUUGGAGUAGCUGUUUCAAACUCUAAUGGAAAUGUCGACAAAGAUGGACGAAAAGUUAUACUUACCGGUGCCACUGGUUAUGCUAAACCAGGAGAAAUUCUAGCAAUUAUGGGCCCUUCUGGUUGUGGCAAGUCCACUCUACUUGAUGCUUUGGCUGGACGGUUGGCUUCAAACGCAAGACACACUGGACGAGUUUUAAUCAAUGGUCGUAAAACAAGGCCUACAUAUGGUACUAUGGCAUAUAUGACUCAAGAACAAGCGUUAACAUGGACUCUAUCAGUUAAAGAAACGGUCUACUACUCAGCUGAACUGCAACUGCCUAAGUUGAUGUCAAAAUCAGAAAAGAGGGAGAGAGCUGAUAGAACUAUAAGGGAGAUGGGGCUUCAAGAUGCUUUGAACACAAAAAUAGGAGGAUGGGGAACCAAAGGUCUUAGUGGUGGCCAAAAGCAGCGUCUAAGCAUCUGCUUACAACUCUUAACACACCCCAAGUUUCUGUUGCUUGAUGAGCCUACUAGUGGUCUUGACAGUGCAGCAUCAUACCAUGUCAUGAAUCAGAUUGCCAAAUUAACUCGACAAUAUAAUAUGACGGUUUUGGCCGCCAUUCAUCAACCUAGUAGUCAAGUUUUUGGGCUUUUUGAUAAUCUUUGUCUUCUAUCUUCGGGGAAAACAAUAUACUUUGGUCCUACUUUUUCAGCAAAUCAGUUUUUUGUUGUAAAUGGUUUUCCGUGUCCCUCUUUACAAAGUCCCGCAGAACACUAUCUAAGAACCAUCAACACUGAUUUUCAUGAGGACCUUGAUAGUGGAAAGACUGGUGAUGAGAACGUAAUCGACCUACUUUCUGAAGCCUACAAGUCGUCUGAGAUAUAUAUAGAAGUCCAACACGAAAUUGCUGCUAUAUGUGGACAGGACGGAGCCCCACUUGUGAAAAAAGGAAGCAUGCAAGCUAGUUCCAUUACACAGUGCGUGGUGCUUGUAGAAAGAUCAUUUAUAAACAUGUAUCGUGACAUUGGAUACUACUGGUUGCGACUUGGUAUAUAUAUUGCUCUGGGUUUUGCAGUAGGAACAGUCUUCAACAAUAUUGGUUCUGGAUUUGGCUCUUUACACGCUAGGAUAUCAAUGCUUAUGUUUGUUUCUUGCUUCCUCACCAUUUUGGCAAUUGGUGGUUUCCCCUCGUUCGUGGAGGAAAUGAAGGUCUUUCAAUGGGAAAGAUUAAAUGGGCAUUAUGGUGUUGGAUCAUUUGUAAUCAGCCAUGCCAUGUCUUCAAUGCCAUACCUACUUCUCAUCUCUUUAAUUCCAGGAGUAAUUGCUUACUCUCUUGUAGGACUUCAGAGAGAACCUGAAAAAUUCAUCUAUUUUGCAUUAGUCCUCUUCACAUCAAUGAUACUCGUUGAAUGCCUUAUGAUAAUUGUAGCUACCAUUGUGCCAAAUUUGCUAAUGGGAAUUAUAUCUGGUGCGGGAACCCAAGGCUUAAUGAUACUAAGUGCAGGAUUUUUUCAGUUGCCAAACGAUCUACCUCAUGUAUUCUGGAGAUAUCCCAUGUACUAUAUUUCAUUCCAUAGGUAUGCAUUACAAGGAUUGUAUAAAAAUGAGUUCGAAGGGCUUAAGUUCCCGGAGUACUUAGGAGGUCCUCCAACCAUGGAUGGUGAGAUGAUAUUGAAGGAUAUACUACAAAUUGAGAUGGGUUAUUCCAAGUGGACUGAUCUUGGAAUCUUGAUUGGUAUGGUUUUUGUAUAUAGGGCAAUACUCUUCGGUACCAUCAAGAUAACCGAGCGAUUGAGGCCUAUUAUUAGAGCUUUUCAGUUGAGUUGUAUGUCUGGAAACUAAAAAUAAUAGUCUUUUUGUUCAGAAAUUUUGUAGUCAACAUGAACUAUAAAACUCUAAGGUUAUCAUGCAAAACUCCAAGGUUAUCAUGCA